UAAGUUACAAUUCCGAGAGAAGAAAGGGGGGAAACAAUGGAAGUGAGCUUGGAGGGUUCGAAAGCGAUACUGGUAGCGUACAUGAAGCAACACGUCCUCAAGUACCAUCAAUGGAUGCAAGAUCCUGCUCUACUCCAAGCCACCGGGUCGGAGCCCUUGACUCUCGAAGAAGAGUACGAGAUGCAGCUUACAUGGACUCGAGACCCCCUCAAACGAACUUUUAUCAUCUUGGAUAAAGAUUUGGUUUCUGGAGAAUUCGUUCAUGGCGAUCCUCAUGUCGAAGCUAUGGUUGGUGAUGUGAAUAUAUACAUGAAUGAUUUGGAAGAUUCCAAUCUGGCUGAGAUUGAAAUAAUGAUAGCUGAACCUAAAAGCCGUGGCAAAGGACUUGGGAUGGAAUCCGUUCUGAUGAUGACAGUUUUUGCCAUUGAAAAUCAUAAAAUUAACACCUUUCGUGCCAAAAUCGGGGAUUCAAAUGAAGCUUCUUUGAAUAUGUUCCGAAAACUGGGCUUCAAGGAAGUCUCUCAUAGUUUAAUCUUUAAAGAGGUGACUCUAGAGCUACCCAUAACUCCAGAAAAGAGUAAGGAACUGAUUCAAUUAGUUGGGAAUAUGAUUACACAUUCAUAGGUCUAAAUUCACUCUGCUUUUAAGUUUUAUGUAUUAAUUCUUCCUUAAAUAGAUCACAACUUUAAUAUCUUUAA